AUGCAUGACUGGGUUCAAACGGCACCAGUACGGGUCUCGAAUAGUGUUUUCACUGUGGAAAAUGUAGCUCUAGAUAGGGAUGAAGUAAAUAUUUUGGAAUACGGUUUGAACUUUAUUCCCUCAAAAAUGUUGAAUAUGGAGAAUCAACUGAAAGCUGAUCUGGAAUUGACAGCGAACAGAUAUCCCGAACUACAAAUGAACUUUGGCUUAAUUCGAGAUUCUAUAGUAUACAAUUCAGAUCCGUUUAGUCCGAACAUGCAUAAAUCCCAGUAUGAGUCAUCGAAUAACUUAAAACGACGAAACGACAUUGUAGUAAAGCAAGCUGACAAAGGUCAAGACAUUGUUGUAAUGUCAAGAGAAGUGUAUGAAGUUAAAACAUAUGCAUUAUUAGAAGAUAAAGAGAGCUAUGAGGAACUUUCUGAGAAUCCAAUGUAG